AUGCACGUCCAGUUCGUCAGCGGCGUGCUGCUGCUAUGCGGACACGCUGCCUUGGCUUCAUCCCCUGACAGCAGCUCGGUUGGUACUGUCCAAGUCCUCAACUAUAACAAUCUCAGACCGGAAAACAGCGGCGGAGCUGCAUUGCUCAUUCACGAUCACUUGAACCACAAGAAUGCAUUGAGACGUUGCGCCGCCGUCGGAGAGACGCUUCUCCCCAUCUCCACGGUGCGCAGCAACUGCAAAGUCACUGAUAUUCAGUUUGAGCUCGACUACCUCGUUGCCACGGGCGGUCUUACAAAAGGAGACUCGCUAUGGGUUCAAAGCAGCGAAGACGAUGAGUGUAUGGCGUACUCUUAUCGAUCUAGGCGGGUGUCCAAAGUUUCCUGUGACACCAAACUGCCUUCGCUGUGCUCCUCCAAAGUUGCGCCGACGACCGACAAAAAUACCAGUCCUAUGAAGGAUUCAAAAGUCACGGUUACUUCCAGCGACUACAAGAUCACUGGCUACAGAGACAAGAGAUCGUUCCGUUUCCUUGGAAUACCCUUUGCGGAUGCGCCGGUUCAGAAACUCAGGUUCAUGCCACCUCAGAACUACACGGGAACCAGAAGUAUCGACGCAACAAAAGUGAGUGCGCCGUGCAUUCAGCCCGUCAGUCCAUUUGGCGACUCGACCAACAUAUCCGAAGACUGUCUCUACCUCAACGUCUUCACUCCUGUUCUGCCGGCCAAAGUGUCACGCAGCUCGGCUCGUCGCCCUGUGGCAGUCUACUUCUAUGGUGGUGCGUUUGUCGUAGGCGCAAACUCACUUAUCGACUACGACGGAGGCAACUUUGCCAGUCGUAACGAUGUUGUCAUCGUCACGGUCAACUACCGCAUAGGCGCCUUGGGAUUCCUGGCUAGUGAGUCGAUGCUCGACGGGAGCCUUGGUAUCAAAGACCAGAUCCAAGCUCUUCGCUGGGUACGAGACCACGUUGCUGCUUUUGGUGGCGAUCCCGAGCAAGUGACUAUCUUCGGUCAGUCAGCUGGUGGGCAGAGCAGCAUUGCUCUCUUGUCGUCGUCUUCGGCUAAGGGCCUCUUUCAUGGCGCUAUUGUUCAGUCUGCCCCGGUUGACUUGCCUUGGUUUACUAGGGAUGUGUAUUCCAAAAUGAUCACGCCUAUUGUGGCUACUGCUGUGGGAUGUAAUGACACCAAGACGGAAAAAGACUUGGUUUCUUGCCUGCAGUCUGUUCCUGCGACCAGUUUCAUAGCGAGCAAUAAGAACUAUGCUACUGCGCUCUCUGGAAUUGCCCAGGUUGUGGCCAAGAACUACUUUCACUCUGGCCUGUUCCAAGCUCAAACGGAGCCCAUUCUACCAAUGGUUGAUGAUAAGGGUACGGGUGUCAUUGACGACCAAUUCGACAAGCUCCUCAAGAAUGGCAAGGUGCCUUCACGGGUACCAGUUAUGUUUACGACGGUCAAGGACGAAGGAACAAUGUAUGUGAACCGCGUUCUCACAUCUAGCAUCGGCAAUACACAAGCUCUGCUGGACUCGACUUUCGGAAUUGCUUUCCCCUCGGAUCUUGCUUCCAGCAUGAUUGCAUCUGGCGCCUUUAAAACUGACCCGAAAGACCCCGACUCCGUCCGCAACAUGGUCAGCAAGGCGGUUACAGAGGCACAGUGGACAUGUCCACAGGCUUAUCUCUUAGACAAUGGCGGCUUGUAUGCGUUCUCGUCCCUCUAUGAGGUUGAGAUCGGCCAGGGGCAUCAACAGUCGUCGACUAAUACCACGAGCGUAUGCUUCCCGAACGACAACUACAACGCUACCUGUCAUUCGGCGGACGUUCUUCCUGUCUGGGGCAAUCUAAACAGCAAGACUAAAGGCGUGCAGCCGUACUUUGGUGAAGAUGACAUUUUACACUCGCAGCUUCUUAAUGAUAUCUGGGGCGCAUUCAUCAGGACUGGCGAUCCGAACCCGGAUACUAAGAUGCUCAAGAUAAGGGGGCCGGCAUAUACGUCUACACUCGAGAUUUUUGGUCACGAUGAGUACCGCAUUUCUCAGUAUAAGAAGAACGCUAAACAGAUUGCAUUGUUGAGCAUGCCUCCGUCUGUCACGGAUAAUCCGGGGCAGUCGAAGCAGUGUGCCGUUUUUGAGAAGCACGGCUUUACUUUUCAGAACGCAAAGGUUGAGACUGGAUAG